AUGUGUUCUCACCGUUGGCAAGUGAACGGAUGCGUCGACGACCCAGUCAGAUCAGAUUACACAAGGCAUGAAACAAAACGGAAAACGUUUUGUUUUAUUUUACUUCACAAUUUCUUUUUUCGCGAAGCAUUUUUUUCAAAUCUGGAGAGACAGAAAAAAAAUGACGAGAUAAGGCCAUUUGUGGCCGAUUCUCUGACGUUACAAGUCACUUUAUAG